UGCAAGUUCAACGUGACGGCUAAAACGUUCUUCAUCAUUCACGGGUGGACAAUGAGUGGCAUGUUUGAAACCUGGCUGGGUAGCUUGGUGUCUGCUCUGCAGGAGAGGGAGAAGGAUGCCAACGUGGUGGUGGUGGAUUGGCUCUCACUUGCCCACCAGCUCUACACUGAUGCUGUGAACAACACACAGAUUGUUGGAAAAACCAUAGCAAGGCUGCUUGACUGGUUACAGGAAAACCCACUCUUCCAGCUGGAGAAUGUCCACCUGAUUGGGUACAGCCUGGGUGCCCACGUGGCUGGUUUUGCUGGCAACCAUGUCCAUGGGACAAUAGGCAGAAUCACAGGCUUGGAUCCAGCUGGCCCUAUGUUUGAAGGAGUGGACCCCAGCAAGCGUCUCUCCCCCGACGAUGCCAAAUUUGUGGAUGUCCUUCACACCUACACCAGGGAAACACUUGGUGUUAGCAUUGGGAUCCAGAUGCCUGUGGGCCACAUUGACAUCUACCCCAAUGGGGGUGACUUCCAGCCUGGCUGUGGUCUGAGUGAUGUCUUGGGAGCCAUUGCCUAUGGGACCAUUGGUGAAGUUGUUAAGUGUGAGCAUGAGCGGUCAGUGCACCUCUUCGUGGACUCUCUGGUGAACCAGGAUAAACAAAGCUUCGCCUUUCAAUGUACUGAUUCCAGUCGCUUCAAGAAGGGAAUCUGCCUCAGCUGCCGCAAGAACCGCUGCAACGACAACGCCCGGAAGAUACACCACAAGAGAAACAGCAAGAUGUACUUAAAGACAAGGGCUGACAUGCCAUUCAAAGGUAUGAUUUCCCCUCUUAAGNNGCAUGUCUUCAGCUACAAGAGCUUGGGAGAGGUUGAUCCCACUUUCUCCGUCACUCUCUAUGGCACCAAUGGAGACUCUGAACCUCUCUCCUUAGAAAUGCUUGAUCUAAUUGGACUAAACGCUACCAACACCUUCCUGGUCUACACUGAAGAGGACAUGGGUGAACUUCUGAAGAUCAAGCUCACCUGGGAGGGAACAUCUCAGUCAUGGUAUGACCUCUGGAAAGAGCUAAGGAGCUACUGGUAUCGGCCUGCGAAUUCCUCCCAGGAGCUGCACAUCAGGCGAAUACGUGUGAAAUCUGGGGAGACACAGCAGAGGUUUGCUUUCUGUGUGGAGGAUUCCCAGCUAACCCGUAUAUCUCCUGGCAAAGAGCUCUGGUUUGUGAAGUGCACAGAGGAAUGGCAAAAAAG